CGAUAGGGGGCGCUAAACUGCAUGCACUUCACUGACACGAAGAAGAAAGCUUGCUUGGCGUCACUGGAAAGUGGACAAUAAUAAACCCUUUUGAAACUGAUUUAGGGAUACCCAUAUAACUUUUCCACGGUCAUAAAAAAUCUCCACAGAGGCAUCAGCAAUGGUCCAAGAGAGUGUCCAGAUCAGGAGGCAGGGUGCCCAUGACUUCAAGGAAUAUUACACUUUUGCCUGCACCCGACAGGAAUCAGUCCCCCUCACUGCAGUCAAAAUGCAUCUGGACAAAGGCAUGCUGGACUUUAACGGAGACAGGGUCAAACUCGCAGACUGGGCACCCAUCCUUGACGCCAUUUCCAUCAAUAAGCACCUUCACCACAUUGCAAUAACUAGCACGUACCAGACAAGUCAUGGCUGUGGGGAUGCAGUCAUAUCAUGUCACACAGACAGAAGGUACUACAAGCCCUUGUUCAGGAAGAGGAUCCCAUCUAUUCGCUCUCGGGACGUGACAUUCAGGUUGUCUAAGGCUUUGAAAGAGUGUCUCUCUGUCUCCUCCUGCCUGAAGACUUUAAAACUUAAUGGACUUCCACUGAGGGAGAGAGACCUUGUCAACUUGACAAAGGGCUUGGCAAAAAGUUCUUCCUUGGAAGCCAUUUCCCUGGCAAACUGUCCAAUCGCUGAUGAGGGCUUGGAGGUUAUUUGCCAAAGUGUGAAAUACUCUACAAGAAUCAGAGAAAUAGAUUUUACAGCAUGCAAUAUCACCUGGAGAGGAGCUGGGCAUUUGGCCAACAUCAUCGAGCAUCAGGGAAUGCAGAGACGUGGCUCAGCUUGGGAACAGUCCUUGAGGUAUCAGCUGCCAAAAUUUGAAGGGAUGGGAGGUCUCCGUCGUCUCACCCUGAACUGUAACACACUAAUUGGGGACCAGGGUGCUGCUCGCCUUGCACGUGAGCUGUCUGAAGACCUCUGGCUCAAAGCUGUGGACCUGCAGAAAUGCGGCAUUUCCAAUCGAGGAGCUUGCCAUCUGCUGGAAGCCUUGAAAACAAAUACUUCUCUAUGGGUACUGGACAUCCGUAAUAACCCCUUAGUUGACAACGCCCUCAUUAAAACUGUAAUCGAAAAAGUACUCAUGAAAGCUGACACACCGACACGAGAGUACUGCUGGAUCUCGCCUGCCACCAAAGAGCCACUGAAAGCCGCUGCUUCCAAGAGACGAGUGCUGUCACGAACAUCCACAGAGAGAACCGCUCCUCGGAAAAAAAACGUUUCUGGAGAUAUGGGCUCAACGGCUCCUCAGCAUCAAAUGUCUACCUCAAGCGGCAAACACGUACCUCAUCAUUCUGCUGCCCGUGCCGGACGCCAGAAAGGUUUUCCUCCUGGAGAUACUGGAGAUACCUGGAGGCAGCAUCAGCGAAGCCAAACUGGGUCCACCGUGAGGGUUACGUUUGAGUCUAAUUCAGAGGAAGAGGAGGAUGAUGACGAUGAGGAAGACGUGCAGAGGGACCAGAAGCCAUCUUAUCAUAACCUCCAGGGCGGAACCCUUGCACGACAACUGGAACGUAUGCAGAUGGCGCUACAGGAAUGUCGCUUGAGGUUGGGAGAGGAGCGCAGGGCCAGACUCAAAGCUGAAUGUUGUCUCAGGGAGUUUGAGCUGGAGAACGCUCGUCUUCGUGACAACAACCGCUCCCUGACGGAGACGCUUUCAGCCAUGGGUUCAGAUCGCAGCACUCUUGAAAACGAAGACGUGCUUGAGAGCAUCGAGCGCUCCUUCACCAAGUUCCACGCUUUCCUGGAUCUCGUUAAGGAUGCUGGCUUUGGUCAGCUGGCGGCAAUGGCUGGCAUUGACAUGUCAGAUUUCCCGCCGCUGGGGAGGCCGCAGCUCUCAUCCACACUGGGACACAUGACCCACGUGGAUAGAGCAGCAUCCAGUGGGCAUCGCUCCGUUUUGACCCCCGGGGCUGACAUCACUACUCCUAAAUCUGCAUCCUCUGUGAAAGAGUCCGUGCAUCGAGAUGCCUCGCUCGACGUGCCCUUCCAAUGGGCUGCCGGAGAGCAGUUUAUUGCCGUGGGAGAACAGGAGCCAGAUCGCUUCACCAAACCCGAAACCAGCUACGACUCUGGUUCCGAACGCAGCUUUGCUAGCCAAAAAACUCCAGGAAGUCACCUGAACAGCAGCCACAGCGGUUCCCAUCGUAGUAACCCGUCCCAUAACAGCACCACCCAUGGCCGAUGGAGUGCAGGCGAUAUCAUGAGAGACAUUGUAAGCAACAAGGGGUUGCAGUCGGAGGGUCCACGUAGACUUGUGGUCAUACCACGGUCCGGGGCUGAGGGGCGGGAGGGGAAGGCCAGUGCCGGUAGGGACAUUCUGGAGGAGAUCAGGUCUCUGGCAGAGCUGCAAGGGCGCUCGGACGGGGAACAUUUAUGACACAGAAGAACCUUUUGUAGCUCUUCAUCAUUUCCUGAGAAUCAUGGUUGUCCGAGCUAAAUCUUUUAAUCACAUUAUCGAAGAACUCCAAUCUAUUUUUGUAAUAUUUUCUUACCAAGAUACCAAUACCUAAAAGAGUACCUUUUGACUGUAUAGUGUACCCCUAUUUUUUAGAAGGUUUUCAAAGCAUCCUUAACAGUUUCCUUUACAGACCAGAGUUACUUCAGCUAGUAUUUCCAUACAUGACAGUUUCCACUCCAGUCUUCCUCAGAGUGGUCACCUGGUUCCAGUUACGUGUCUUGUCAGCAGGUUUGUACAGGUGGAUUUCAAAGCAAUUUUUUCUUUUAUAUUUUCUAAUGCAACACAUACUGCCCUAAAUGUACUGUAUGUAUGGCCUUUGCUCAUGGGCUCCCCCUAAUGUUGUGAAGUAUAAUGGGCAUGCCCCAAGGGUUUAUGGUCACAAGCAGAACAUUUAGUAUACACUGUAUGUGUUUUAAAAUUAUGUCCUGAAAUAAACAUUGUAAUUUUUUAACGCAUAGCGACCAACUUUGUACAAGCACCAAUGCUAACUCGAUAUUUAGUGGUGUCCUGGCUGGUCCACUGCUGGAGGAAGAGAGAGGUCAUUUAGAAUAGCCACAUGCUGUGGUUUAAAUCCUUAAUUUAUUUUCAUUUAAAGACUAAACAAUGUAAUUAUGGGCUGCAUGGUGGUUGAGUGCUUACCGUGCAGGCCUCACAGCGAGGAGACCCGUGUUCAAUUCCACCCUCGGCCAUCUCUGUGUGGAGUUUGCAUGUUCUCCCUGUGCAUGCGUGGGUUUUUCCAAAAACAUGCUAGGUUAAUUGGCGACUCCAAAUUGUCCAUAGGUAUGAAUGUGAGUGUGAAUGGUUGUUUGUCUAUAUGUGCCCUGUGACUGGCUGGCGACCAGUCCAGGGUGUACCCCGCCUCUCGCUCGAAGACAGCUGGGAUAGGCUCGUGAGGAUAAGCGGUAGAAAAUGAACGAACAAUGUAAUUAUACAAAGUAAAAAGGCAAAGUUAGCAUUUCAUCCCAAUCUGGUGUGAGAGCGCAACAUAAUAUAACUUCUCCACGAAUGACUGUUUCACUGUCAUUGUACAGAGACCAGUUCAAUUAUCAAAAGACUCUUGUCUGGGUGUAAAAAGAUGGGCUGAAUGUUAUCAUGAGUGAGAACAGUGCCAACCUUUUUCUACUUUGCACUUUUAGUCUUAAUAAGAAAACUGUACACCUGGUUUAUGAUCUCUGCUGCUGGGACUCAGAUUGUUCCGUGUCCAUAAUGUGACUAUCUGUAAAAAUGGCACAAUGAAACAAAACAAAUGGAGUUGGAAGCUUUGGUAUGCCUGUUUAAAAACAAUAUCCAAACGAUAAAUGGAUAUUGUUAUUGACAAACUCUACAUCAGGGGUCUCAAACACGCGGCCUGUGGGCCAAAUGUGGCCCGCAGGACACUAGUUUGAGGCCCCCGCCUUGAUAUGAAAGUUUAAUGUUUGAUAUGGAUGCUGUAUGGUAUCAUGUACCCAGAAAAAAUUAUGUUUGAUUAAUGUUCAUGUUAAAGGUUAAAUAACUGUUAAUAGUUAUCCUCCCUAUCCGUGUGGAAGUGGUAAGUUUUUGGCUAUUUAAGUUUAAAGGAAAUAACUUGAAGGCUACCGUUUAGGUCGCUAGCUCUCUAGUUUGCGAGUUAGCAUGUGUCUCAAGACCCUGCAGUUGCACAAUAUGUUGUAAGUAAAAAGAGUAUAAAUGUGACUGUAGUCGUGUUUUGUCAUGUCUACAGGGCUCUAAUAAUGCUUUGUUAAUUUUAAUAUGAAAAAAAUAAUUUGUCUACCCACCAACUAUAUGUGGUUUCUUAAGUUUUUAUUAUUUGCCAUUUUAUUAUUAUUAUUAUAUUUAUUUAUUUAUUACUGAUUGAUUGAUUUUCUUUAUUCUUGAUGUGUUUAUUUUUUUUCAUCUUAUUUUGUGUAGAAAAAUAAAAAGUAAGAUAUUUGAGAACA